GGGGAAAGUGCGCACUCUAGCGUGCCGCCCCUCCCGGAGCAUCCCGCGCCCUCGGGGCAGAGCCUGGUGGCCAAGCCGGACUGCAAACGACCGUCAUGGCUGCUUGGAGACAGCCCCAGGUUGAGGAACUGCUGACCGAGGCCCGGCGAGCCUUCCGGGAAGAGUUCGGGGCCGAGCCCGAGCUGGCAGUGUCGGCCCCUGGCCGGGUCAACCUCAUCGGGGAGCACACGGACUACAACCAGGGCCUGGUGCUGCCCAUGGCACUGGAGCUGGUGACGGUGCUGGUGGGCAGUCCCCGAGCAGAUGGGCUUGUCUCUCUUCUCACCACCUCUGAGGAUGCUGAUGAGCCCCAGCGGUUGCAGUUUCCACUGCCCACUGCCCAGCGCUCCCUGGAACCUGGGACCCCCCGAUGGGCCAACUAUGUGAAGGGAGUCAUUCAGCACUACCCAGGCAGCCGUCUUACCAUGACCCAUUCUUCCUCUGCAGCUGCCCCCCUCCCUGGCUUCAGUGCUGUGGUGGUCAGCUCAGUGCCCCUAGGGGGUGGGCUGUCCAGCUCAGCAUCUCUGGAAGUGGCCAUGUACACGUUCCUCCAGCAGCUCUGCCCAGACUCAGGGGUGAUAGCUGCCCGGGCCCAGGUGUGUCAGUUGGCUGAGCACAGCUUUGCAGGAGUUCCCUGUGGCAUCAUGGACCAGCUCAUCGCCCUCCUGGGGCAGAAAGGCCAUGCACUGCUGAUUGACUGCAGAUCCCUGGAGACAAACCUGGUUCCACUGUCAGAACCCAGGGUGGCUGUGCUCAUUACCAACUCCAAUGUCCGCCACUCCCUGGGCUCCAGUGAGUAUCCCCUGCGGCGGCGCCAGUGUGAAGAAGUGGCCCAGGCAUUGGGCAAGGAGAGCCUUCGUGAUGUGCAGAUGGAGGAGCUGGAGGCUGGCAAAGAGCUGGUGAGCAAGGAGGGCUUCCGGCGGGCACGGCACGUCGUGGGUGAGAUCCGGCGUACGGCCCAGGCAGCAGUUGCCCUGAGCCGCGGGGACUACAGAGCCUUCGGCCGCCUAAUGGUGGAGAGUCACCACUCGCUCAGGGAUGACUACGAAGUGAGCUGCCCUGAGCUGGACCAGCUGGUAGAGGCCGCACUCUCUGUGCCUGGGGUUUAUGGAAGCCGCAUGACAGGUGGUGGCUUUGGUGGCUGCACAGUGACACUGCUGGAGGCCUCCUCUGCUCCCCGUGCCAUGCAGUACAUACAGGAACAGUACAAGGGCACCGCCACCUUCUACCUCUCUCAAGCGGCUGAUGGCGCCAAGGUGCUGCACCUGUGAGGAGGAGCCCCAGCAUGUCAGGCAGUGGGCACAGGGCCUGUCCAAUCACUCGCUUCUGCGCCUGGCACCUACCUAACACAUCUAGGUGCUCAAUAAACCUGUGCCUCUGA